AUGGUUACGGCACUCGCAGGUCCGGAGAGGGCUGCGCUUCGCCCGCCAGCAAUGCCCUCGAGGAUGGAUCAGCGAGUUAUGAAGCGGCCCCGCAACAACCAGCAGAAAGGUCGCAAAACUAGAGCGAACAUAAAGGUCGCGUCCCUAAACAUGCGCGGGAGGUGGCAUAACGGGGCAGACAAGUGGCCGCACAUUAACCAACUAGUUAAAGAACAGAAAAUAGGAAUACUAGCACUACAGGAAACUCACCUGACGAAGGAAGACAAAGAUACCAUCAACUCCACCCCCGGAUUCAGAAUCCAGGUUAUAUCCUCAAUAGACCCAGCACGGACAAACGCUAAAGGUAUAGCAAUAGUUAUCAAUAAAAAACUUCUCGGGACAUCGGGCAUAAAAACCCACGUACUUGCGCCAGGUAGAGCAAUACUCACAAUCAUCCCCUGGCAGAAAGAUAGCAUGAUAAGGGUCCUUGCAAUUUACGCACCAAACGAUGCGCAAUCAAACCAAGCGUUCUGGGAAUUGCUACAGUCCAAGCUUCGAAACCUGCCGAGACCGGACUUAAUGUUAGGAGACUUCAAUAUCAUAGAAGAUUCACUCGAUCGCUUACCUCCUAAGACGGACAAUGCGAGCGCAUCCAAGGCUCUACACCAACUCAAGGCGCAUCUCAGACUAAGAGACGGCUGGAGAUAUGAGAACCCCGAUACAUUAGCAUACACCUUCGCACAAUCUGCAUUCCAAGGCGGCAGUCAAUCGAGAAUUGACAGAAUUUACAUCAAUGACGAACUCUUACCAUUCAGUAAAGACUGGGAUAUCUCCCCACCGGGCAUACACACUGACCAUCAGCUCAUAUCCGCGAGAAUAAGCAGCAAGAAUAUGCCAUAUGUAGGCAAAGGACGAUGGUCCCUGCCCCUUCAUGUCCUGAAGGACGAAAACCUUGCCGAGUCCAUACUGAAUCUGGGCAAAAUGCUACAAAACAAGAUAGAUGAAUGUGAGGAUAAACGCAGCGAUAUCAUGAACCCCCAGCUUGCCUUUAGUGACUUCAAGACUCAGGCAAUCAAACUAUGCCGAACCACGGCAAAGAAGAUUAUACCUAAAAAGAGAAACAAGCUCCUCACCCAACUGAAAACGACAAUGAACGACCAGAACAUGUCGGACGAGGAUAAACGAAUCGUGGGGUCACACAUCCAAGGAAAACUAAACCAGUUAGAGAUUAAAUGCCACGAUAACAACAGGAAUAACUUAGCAACAAAAAUUCGCCUUGAAAGCGAAUCUGCAACAAGAACAAAAGCCGCAGGAUACCAUAGUAGAACUAAGGAACCUCGGAUCGGAUACAAACAACCCAACCUAUGA